AUGGAGAACCCCAAUUUGAUUGCACUGAUCAUGCAGAUGAAAGACGAAAUGAGCGAAAACAGUAGGAAAAUGAUGGACGAAAUGAGCAACAGUAGGAAAAUGAUGAACGAAAUGAGCGACAACAGUACAAUGGACGAAAAGAUUGACAGAAUGAAUGACAAAAUGGAAGACAACAACAACAAUAAAGUUAUGAACGAAAUGAGAGAUAAAAAAGACGACAACGCUAAGAAAUUUGAAGACCUGAAGACAACCGUUGAAGACAAACUAAAGAACAUCGAGGAAGACAGUGUCAAGUUCCAGAAGAUUCUGAAACAAGACAAUACAAAGUUUCAGAACGAUGUUAGAGAUGAAAACAUCAAGUUUCAAGACAAAGUUGAUGAAAAUAUCUGA